AUGCUUCCCGAUAGGCUGGGGGACCUGCCGUCGCUGCAGGAGCUGACGAUAUGGGAGUGCUGCAAGGUUCGGUCGCUGCCCCAGCGGCUGGGGGAUCUGACGUCGCUGCGACGCCUGCUGAUCGAGUCGUGCGAUUGCCUCGCGCUGCUGCCCGAGCGGCUGGGGGACCUGAAGUCCCUCCAGCAGCUGUUCAUUCUGUCGUGCCAUAGCUUACAGGCGCUACCUGAGCGGCUGGGUGACCUGACUUCGCUCCAGCAACUCACAAUCAGGCAAUGUGGCCGGCUUGAGUCGAUGCCCGAGAGGCUUGGUGUGUUGACGUCGCUGCAGCAGCUGACGAUCGAGUCUUGCAGUCGCCUUCAUUCGCUUCCCGAUCGAGUGCGCUUGCUACUCAUGAAAUUGCAAGUGGCGGAGGGACUCACGAUAGGUUGUGAAAUCAAAGACAUGCUAGCGUGCCGGCGUUCCAGCACAUCCGCGAGGCUAGCAUUCGCACCUUGUUGCCCAGGCGAGGAGCCCAGGCCAGUGGCGCCCUGGGACCUGGCGUCGAUGCAGCAGCGAGCGCUGACGAUCGAGACCUACGACAGCCUGAGGACUUUGCCCGAGCGGCUGGGGGACCUGACAACGCUGCAGCACCUGACGAUCAGGAACUGCGGCCGGCUUCAGUCGCUUCCGGAGCGGCUGGGGGACCUGGCGAUGCUGCGGCGGCUGACGAUCGGGGGGUGCGGCCGCCUCGAAUCGCUGCCUGACCGGCUGGGGGACUUGACUUCGCUGCAGCAACUGAAUAUCUAG